UUUCAAAUUCUCCUUUGAUUCCUGAAACUCUUCUCCUUCUUCCAUUAGCAAUAGGAAUGGCAUCAAUGAGUAUAACUCAUCAGAUAGGUUCUCUCUCUGGUAUGCCAAUCCAAUCGGAAUCCAUCACUUCCGGUAACGACACGACGGGAGCCGUGUCAGCAGCGGCAGUGUGGAAGAAUCAGCCAUCGAACCUCCGGUGCAAGAUCAAGAAGCAAGGGAUGGAAACUGACUCGAUAUCACAGCCGGUAAGUCCUUUGAGCCCGUGCAGAUCGCCGGUGUUAUCUCCGGUGAUGGGAACGAUGAGGCAGGAACUGUCGAUGGCGUGUCAGGCGCUGGUGGCAGAUGCGGAGGCGGAGGAGGCUUUUGCGGUGAAGCAGGAGGAGAGUGAGUUUCAGUAUAGAGAAGGGGGAGAGGCGCAGGUAGUGAAGGGUAAUAAUAAGGGCAAGGGGGUUCCGGUUUACGUGAUGAUGCCGUUGGAUACUGUGACGAUGAAAAACGGUUUGAACCGGAAGAAGGCAAUGAAUGCGAGUAUGCAGGCGCUAAAAAGCGCCGGGGUGGAAGGGGUGAUGGUGGACGUGUGGUGGGGAUUGGUGGAGAGAGAUUCACCUGCGUCAUACAACUGGGGUGGAUACACCGAACUGCUCGAGAUGGCUAAGAAGCACGGCCUCAAGGUUCAGGCCGUUAUGUCCUUCCACCACUGCGGUGGCAACGUCGGUGAUUCUGUCACGAUACCGUUACCGAAGUGGGUGACGGAAGAGAUAAACAAAGAUCAGGACCUGGCGUAUACCGAUCAGUGGGGAAGGAGAAACUACGAGUACCUCUCUCUCGGCUGCGACACCCUUCCGGUGCUUAAGGGUCGUUCGCCCGUCCAGUGCUACUCAGAUUUCAUGGAUUCAUUCAGGGAUAACUUCAAACACUUCAUCGGCGACACCAUUGUUGAGAUCCAAGUUGGGAUGGGCCCAGCUGGGGAGCUUCGAUACCCGUCUUACCCUGAGCAGAAUGGGACAUGGAAAUUCCCCGGAAUUGGAGCUUUCCAAUGCUUCGACAAGUACAUGGUCAGUAGCUUGAAAGCUGCGGCUGAAUCUGCCGGCAAACUAGAGUGGGGGGUGUCCGGCCCGACAGAUGCAGGCGAUUACAACAACUGGCCAGAGGACACUCGGUUCUUCCGCAAAGAAGGCGGAGGUUGGAAUAGCCCCUACGGAGAAUUCUUCCUGUCUUGGUACUCUGAGAUGCUUUUGAACCACGGAGAUAUGAUACUCUCAUCAGCCCAAUCCAUCUUCAAAGACACUGGCGUCAAAAUCUCUGUAAAGAUUGCAGGUAUCCAUUGGCACUACGGAACCAGGUCCCACGCACCGGAGCUCACCGCAGGGUACUACAACACCCGCUUCAGAGACGGCUACAAACCCAUUGUACAAAUGCUGGCACGCCACGGCGCAAUCUUCAACUUCACCUGCAUCGAGAUGCGCGAUCACGAGCAGCCCCAAGACGCUCAGUGUGCGCCCCAAAAACUAGUUCGUCAAGUUGCUCUGGCCACUAGAGAGGCCCAAGUGCCUCUCGCAGGAGAGAACGCAUUGCCACGGUACGACGAUUACGCACACGAGCAGAUACUGCAGGCGUCGUCGCUGAACCUGGGCGGCAAGGAUGGAGAAAGGAGGGGAGAAGAGCAAGAGAUGUGUGCUUUCACGUAUUUGAGAAUGAAUCCGCAAUUGUUCCAGGAUGAUAACUGGAGGAGGUUUGUUGGGUUUGUGAAGAAGAUGAGGGAAGGAAAGAGUGGGAAACGAUGUAGGGAGGAAGUGGAGAGGGAAGCGGAGCAUUUCGUCCAUGUCACGCAGCCAUUGGUGCAAGAGGCUGCGGUUGCUCUGAGUCACUAAUCUCCAUGAACAACAUUGAUUUU